GUUAUCAUUUUUUUAAUAAUGUUUUUUGUAAUUGUGUCAUUAAUUUUACUGGUAAGUUAUUUUAUCUUAAAUUACUGUCAUCGACGAUCUUCUAUUAAAACGGAAAACAUUCUGCCUGGUCCAAAAGCAUUUCCUCUUAUUGGAAGUGCUUAUUAUUUUCUUCGGCGGAGUUCUGAUGAAUUUUUAAAUGUUAUGAUAAAAUUGAUAAAUAAUUAUCCAUCCCCAUUUAAACUUUUAAUGGGGAACAAAUUAUUUAUUGUAAUACAUAAGGCAAAACAAAUUCAGGAAAUUUUAGAAAACAAUAAAAUUGUAGAGAAAAAUAUACUAUAUAAAUUUAUUGAACCAGUAUUCGGUAAAGGAUUGCUCACAGCACCCGAAUUAAUAUGGAUUAAAAAUCGAAAAAUAAUAGCACCGAAUUUUAGUACAAUUGCAUUACAAAAGUUUUUUUAUGUAUUUGUGGAACAAUCUUUGAUACUGACAGAUCAAUUAGAAAAAAUUGGACUAAAUAGGAAGAAAAUCAUACUUCACAAUCAUAUAGCUAAAUAUGCUCUGAGUACUGCCUGUAGCACAAUGACGGAUAUCAAAAUGGAAUUUCUAUCCGAUGAAAUCAAUCAAUGUCUCGAAGUAAUUGCGAGCUUGAGAAAUACUUUUAAGUCCAGAGUUCGAAAUCCGUUCUUAUAUUUUGAUUUGAUAUUCAAUCUCACUGCUGUGGGACGAGAACAGCGAAAGGCUAUAAACUUCUUACAUUCUUUUAUAAAUAAAAUAAUACAACAGCACAUGUAUGCAUUAAAUGAAGAAGAUACCAACUGCACAGAAUACCAACAGAAUACAACUCAUAAAACACUUCUACAGAUUUUAUUAUCUCAUAAGUACCCGCAAGAGAUGAUACAUGAUAAUCUAAUUACAAUGAUAUUAGCGGGUUUCGACACAACAGCUGUUACGAUAGAUUUUGCAAUCUUUAUGUUAGCAAAUUUUCCAUCAAUACAAGAAAAAGUAUAUCAAGAAUUAUGGCAAAUUUACGAGACGAAAACUCCAAAAUCUGCCCCAAUUAAAUACGAAGAUUUACAACAUAUGGAUUACUUAGAUCGUGUCAUUAAAGAAACUAUGAGAUUAUUUCCUGCUGUUCCUUUAAUUGGGCGAUAUCUAACAGAGGAUGUAAAAAUAGGAGAGUUUAUUUUGCCAAAGGGCACUGAGGUUUUUUUGGCAAUAUUGACUCUACACCGAAAUGAAAAGUAUUGGCCCAAUCCGUUGAUAUUUGAUCCAGACAGAUUCCUUCCUGAGAAAGGAACAUCUAAUAAAUAUUACAUGCCGUUUAGUUCUGGACGCAGAAAUUGUAUAGGUAUGAAAUAUGCAAUGAUUUCAAUGAAAGUUAUCUUAGCAAUUUUGAUAAGAACAUUUGUAUUCAAAGUAGAGAAAAUUACUCAGAUAGAUGCAAUAAAAUUAGAUAUGGAUAUAACACUACACAAUAUUGAACCUAUGGAAGUCAUUAUAAAAAGACGAGAAUUACAUUAAAAUAAUGUAAGAAUAUGUUAAUAAACAUGGUUUCGAGAUAUUCGAGUGUGAAAGUUAAAAUGGGAUACCUUGUAUAUAUAUGCACAAUUAUAUUAUUAUAUACAACCUAAUAUGUUUCAAUAGAAAAAGAAACUUAAUAUUUUUUGUAUAAUGUGUUGUUUCUGCAUAGUAUACAUAGUAUAGCAUAAUGAACGGAGGGUAACCUAAAGUUAAGCCACAAUUUAUUCAUAACGUGAUUGAAAUUAAAUGUAAGUGUCAAUAUUAACAUCAUAAAUGAAUGAAAUAAAAUACA